AUAAGUCCGCAAAAGACGCAAUUAUUUUUAGGUACGUCAGUAGAAUUAUAGAUGCAAAGAAAUCAUUUUGAUAACCAACUGUUGCAAGAUAGGCGUUAGUUAGACUAAUCGCAACUUGCCAGCAUUUUCAUCAUGUUUCACGUUUCCACAAUCUCUGUGCCAUCAAAUAAAAUGAUGGUAAGAAAAUACUAUGCAGACUAUAGAGCCUCAAACGUAAGCGUUAUUCAUACCUUUUAAUUACGUAAGUUUAGUCACAAAUCAUAAUGUAUUAUUAGGAAGUCUCGAUUCUGUCCCUCAGAUUCACAGUCGGUAUUUAGCGCUAAGUGUGUCAAAAACGUAUUGUAUAAUGGAUUCGAUGUUCGGGAAACAUACCGCUAGUCCCAUCUAUGAAAAUUACCAUGAUUCCUGUGGCGUGUGGCUUCCUACAUUAGUAUUGGUUUUAUUUUAUUAAAUUUAUGGUUUAUAGUUUAGGUUAGACUGUGGUGAAAUAGUAUACUCUAUAAAAGGGUACUAUAUUACUAAAUUUAUUUUUAAUUGUAAUCUGUGUGUGUAAUAAUAAAAAGUACUAUAGAAUAUUAACAUUAUAAAAAAAUAUUCAGAGGUGCAUGCCAAACCAGUGGCAAAAUCAAGGAUAAAUAAACGACAAGUUAUUUAACAUGCUUAAAUAAAAAUUAAACUUACUAGCAAUCAUUGGAAAAAUGCAUUUUAAAUAAAGCUCCACGAGUGGUAUUCUGUAAUUUGCAGCUGUUAGGUAAAAUUACAUAAACACUAUGUUUAAAAUAAAGUUAUUAAUCAAACCUGCCAGAGCAGGUGCUCGAUCUGUAAAACAAUUGUCGCCGAAAGCUAAUGCAGCUUUCGAUUCAUUAAAUUACUGUGCAGACAUUGUAAGAUAGACAGUAUGAUUAUGAGAACUAUUUGGCAACUCUUCUUAUGACUAAAGCUAUACGGUCACCAGCAUUGGUUAUAAGAGCAUUCAAUGUAGAAGUAGCAAGAGUGCAGGAUCAAACAACUGAUCCACAAAUAGCAACAAUGAGAUUGCAAUUUUGGCAAGAUUCCCUCAAUAAAAUAUUUCAUAAAUCUGUGGACAAAUCAACAAUACCUGCGAAUCCUGUUGUUCAGCAAUUGUUUAAAGUUUGUCAAAGUUAUAAAUUACCCCAAAGGUAUUUAGAACGACUAAUUACAUCUAGGAGCAAUAUAUUAAAAACCAAAUACUUUAGAACAAUUGAAGAUAUAGAGAAGCACUCUGAAAAUUCAGUGUCAUCAAUUUACUAUCUACUGCUAAGCAUAGCUGGAAUUACUAAUGUACAUGCUGAUCACGCUGCAUCUCAUUUAGGAAAAUCUCAAGGAUUAGCCAAUAUUUUAAGGUCUAUCCAUGUGUCUAACCAUCACAAGAUGGUAACAUUACCAAUGGACAUUUUAAUGAAAUAUAAAAUAAGUCAAGAAUCAAUAUUAAGAGGAAUUGAUAACGAAGCUAUGCGAAAUGUUGUUUUUGAAGUCGCAAGUAGAGCAAAUAGCCAUUUGCAAAAAGCUAGAGCUAUAGAAAUACCAAAAGUUGCAAACCAGAUUUUUCUACCAGCAGUUGGUGUCGAAAUUUAUCUUACAAAGUUGCAGAAAAACCAUUUUGACAUAUAUGAUACUUCAUUACAAAAAAGGAACUCUUCUUUACCAUUUAGUUUAUAUUUUAAGAGGCUUUUUAAUAAAUAUUAGGUAGACAAUUACAGAAAUUUUUGUAUGCGGUGCAUCAUAUUUAAAAUGAAGAUGUGUAAAAGCAUGUUAAUACAUUUUUAAAAAACAAUAUAAAAUUUUGAUUAUAAUUUAGUUUAUUUGUAUAAUUCAUUAAUAAAUCAAGUAAGCAAUACAGUGCUUUUUAGGAAACACUUAGUAAAGUAGUAGUAACAGAUGAACCAAUAAUAUGUUCAUUAUUCUAUAUGUCUUGUAAUGUAGAUCCUGUAGAAAUAAUUUAACUGUGCACUGAAUUUUAUUUGUAGGAAUUAAAAAAAUUGAUUUCACAAGCAUAAAAAUUGCUAUUAACAGGAAUUGCAGUGAAUAAAACCAUUUUAGAAACAA